ACGUAAAAGAAACAGCUGUCAAAAAGGCCUAUCGGUCUGUGAAGAUUUGUUUGAGGGAUAUAAAUAUUAGUGCCUCACCGAUUAGAGAUAAGUAAAAUCCACGUAAACCAACGAAUAUUUAAUAAGUUUUUGUAAACGUCAACGCCGGCAUAAUAUAAAAAGUCUUCUAAAAAUGUUACGUGUUUUUCUAAUAUUACCUCAACUAUGUGUGCUGCUGCUGCUAGCAAUAGAUUGCGGCGCUGUAGAAGGCUUUGAUAGGUCGCCGCUGGAACAAAAAGAAAAAUCAUCAAAAUUACCGCCUUGUAAAUCAUGUACCGUUCUCGUGGAGUCAUUUAAGUUGGGUUUGGAUAAAACUAGUCGCGGUAAGCAUGCCGGUGGCGAUGCUGCUUGGGAGGAGGAAAAAUUGCGUUCAUACAAAACCAGUGAAGUACGUUUGGUGGAGGUGCAAGAGCAUUUAUGUAGUGAUGUUAGACGUGGACAAGAUCAAUGUCACACCAUGGCCAAUGAUCAUGAACAUCUGCUAGAGGAUUGGUUCUUGCAUAAACAAACCGAUUUGCCUGACCUGCAUGCCUGGCUUUGUAUUGAACAAUUGAAAGUGUGUUGCCCAGAUGGACACUACGGCCCGGAAUGCAAAACCUGCACUGAUUGUAAUGGCAAUGGAAAAUGUAAAGGUUCUGGCAGCCGUAAAGGCAAUGGGAAAUGCGCUUGUGAUGCUGGCUUUACAGGCGAUAAUUGUAAUAAGUGCGCGGAUAAUUAUUAUGAAGCCUACAAUGAUGGCAAAAAGAUGUUAUGUUCCACAUGCCAUAAAUCCUGCGGUGACAAUGGAUGCACUGGUGCUGGUCCCAAAGCUUGCCGUAGCUGCAAAGACGGUUGGCUUAUGAGCACAGAUCCAGUCGGCUGCCAGGAUAUAAAUGAAUGCUUGCUACAGAAGCGACCAUGUCGCCCCAAUCAAUUUUGUGUUAACGAUGAAGGCACAUAUUCAUGCCUGGAAUGUGAUCGUUCCUGUGAUGGUUGUGACGGUGAUGGGCCCGAUAUGUGUAAAAAGUGUGCUGACGGAUAUGUGUUGAAGGAUGGUAAAUGCCUAGAUGACUCAACUGAGCAACGCGACAAAUUCGUUAAUAUCACGCGUUUACUCACCUACUUUGGUCUAUGCAUCGCCACUUGUGUCAUUUUCCAAAGUUCAACACACAUCGCCUAUAUUGUGGGCGCAGCUGUAGCCAUCUAUAUAGCAGCAUCCGAAUAUUGGCUUAAUACGCAGGCAUCGCUGAACGCCGCCAAUCCACAAUUUGACACCAAACAAUUAGAAGAUCUAAUUAUGAAGUCUCUUUAAUACCAAAAAAUAUGGAACCGUAACGUUUAUAAGCAGUUGCAAUACAAGACAAAAGUAUAUGAAAGUAUUAAUUAGGCAAAUUCCCUUUUAUUCUGUGAAUAAAAGCAAUCAAAGUGUAGCAAAUUUAACGAAAUUAAAUUAUUUAUUUUUAAAAAAUAUUUUAAUCACGCACAUACAUACAAACUUAUAGCAAAUAACCGAUAUUUAGUAUUCGAUAAAGAAUAUUUUUUUCUUUUAUCUUACUAUAUUAUAUUUGUUUUUAUUAGUUGUAAGAGUGGUAGCUGUAUUUCAACACACCCACAUUUUGUUAUUUUUUUUUCAACUUUUAAUUUUUAUUUGUUUUUUGGUUUAUUAGUUUCAACAACUGAUUCUCUUUCACAUAUUUUGGUUUUGCAGACGAAAACAUAAAUGACGACAAUGAGGGCGACACAAAUAUAACAAAUAACGCUAAGACCGAACUGUAAAUUUAUGUAUAUAUUUGUAUGUAUGCCAACUAUAUGUCCGUUCAGUGUGUAUCGAUCGCAAUUAUUUAUACAAGUCGCAAAGCAGCUCUAACCAACGGUGAACGGUUAGAUUUGUACCAAAAUGAAGCUAUUUAUGUGAAUUUACUGUUGUGUAACUGUUUUUUAUUGAUAAUUAAUAAUUAGCACCAAAUACAAAUACAAAGCGUAGAUGCCAAAAAAAAACAAUACAAUUAUAAGCGCACUUUUAGUUUAAGCCGAACUAUAAUAAUUAUGUAUAUGUAUCUCACAUGUAACUGCCAUCAAUAAAUCGGUGCACGCAUAAUUGAAAUAAACUUCCAUUUUUUCAAUAUUG